UCGUAUGCUCACGUACUAUUGACGUAGAAUCUUGAUUUCCAUCAUCCAAGCUGCCCAAGACCAAGUUGUAGACAGAAAUGAUACUGUCGUGAAACAGGAAACCACCAUUGCUCCGAUCCGAUCCACAUAGCUAGUUAGCACUGCUUUUCACCAGAGAGCUUGAAUACCAUUCACGAUGGCAGAGAGGCUGCGAACCGAAGAGAUGACUGAACCCCCGAGUGAUGACACACCAAGUAAAAGAAUGAGCUCAGUGGCCAAUGUUGAUUUUGACGACAUCUUGAAGGAGAUAGCCAAGGCCCUGUACAAAAAUUCAGACAUCGAUGAUCUUGGAAAAGCCUUGGGAUUUAGGCCCGGAGAAAUUGGUCGCAAGAUUGCAGAAAACGCCAAUCAAGGAGGGAAUCAUAUGGGAACAUUGGAUCUGCUCAGGAUGUGGCGAAAGGGACAAACACCUUCGACUAAAAAGGCGGCAUUGAGGUUGGCACUAGUAAAAGCUGGAUUUGAUAACCUGGCAGACCAAUAUCUAAGCACUCACGUACCCGCAGAAUCUGCAAAAUUCACUGUACAACAAACAGAAGACUGUUCCAAAAAUAAAGGCGACAAUGAGGCGAUGCCAAGUGAAAUGAUGAAGUUAAGAGAACAACUGAAAAGAAGAUAUCGCAAGAAAUUUGGUCAGAUCAAAACAUCGCCUGUGGACUCUGAGUCACGGACAUGGCUUCAGCACAUCUAUGUCAGUCUCGUCCUAAUGUUGGGAUUGGAAGGGGAUAAGGAGGAGCCAAUAGAUUAUGACGGGUUGUUUAAAUUUAUAAAAACUGACACACCGAAAGGUUUUGUAACACGAUUAGCUUUCAUUGGAGAAGCUGGUGUAGGGAAAUCAACGCUGUUUGCUAAGAUAGCUCUUGAUUGGGCUGAGGGUAAAAUUCUUCAAGAAAUCAAUCUGCUUUUUCUUGAAUCAUUUCGAGAGAUUAAAGAGAGCGGAUUCUUCGGGGAUACUGUCAUGGCGCAUUUCCCAGAUGACUCAGAAAUAAAAGGGGAACGGGUCGAUGCAUAUGUGAGGAAAAAUCAGAGAAAAGUCCUAAUCUUAUUGGACGGUCUAGACGAGGGACAUAUUGACAUCAAAAAGCCAGACAGCAAUGACGCUAUCGUUUCGAUCGUAAGAGGAGAACGAUUCAUUGAUACCCAAGUUGUCAUCACAACCCGUCCUUUUGGAGCUGAUCAGAUCAAGAGCAUCAUGGCGAUCAAUGACCACUACACGUUUGGUAAGGUUAAGGGCUUCACAAAGAAAAACAUGUCAACAUAUAUCAAAAAGUAUUUCAAAGAUGAUUCUCAGUCUGCUUCGACCCUCAUUAACUUCAUUGAUACAAACAAAGUGGUCUCUGUGUACAUGGCACCCUUCCCGAUAUUCUGCUGUAUGCUAUGUUGCCUGUGGAAAACGCCAUCUGGGCGGGAAAAUAUUCAGACAAUGGAAACAUUCUCGCAACUCUUGAAGCGUCUUGUCUUUUCACUUCAAGAGCAAUACUCUUCCAAACGAAAUGAAUUAGAAGAGGACUAUGGAAGCCGCAUGAACAAAGCUGAUGAAAGUAUGAAAGAGCUUGGUUGUAUUGCAUUUCAAGGACUGUUAGUUAAACGGCUCAUCUUCUAUGAAAAGGCGCUCGACUCAUGCAUAGAGGCUGCAAGGACUGCAUGCAAGGUCGGGAUUCUUAGCAUGGAAAAAAGGCCAGCACCCUUGCAAAUCAGAGAAAGUCAGCGAAAGCAAUUCAUCCAGGAAUUCUCUUUCCCUCAUAAGUUACUGCAGGAGUACAUAGCAAGUUUCUACCUUGCAUCGCUGUUCCACAAAGAUUGUCAAGAAUUCAACAGAAUCCUGGCAGACACUCUUUUAGAAAACUACCGGUACGAGGAAUUCAGAUAUGUCUUGUACUUCACUGCAGCUCAUGGAGGUGAAGUAGGAAAGUCGGUCCUGGAAACUCUAUGCAAGAAAGUUAAUGAAAUGAAAUUCAUCAUUGAGGUUGCUUUUGAAUGUCAUGAUUCAGAAGCCAUUGAUCCCGUCAGGAGUCUUUUGAAGACGAAGGAAGAUCUUAGGAUUAUAAAUCAUCCAAUCGCUGCACUGGUCUUCACACUUGAGUCAAUAGAGCAAGAAGGAGUCAGAAGAAGUUCUUCGAUUCAUGAAACAUUGGGUGUUAGCAAGUCCUUUGAAGCUAACCCAUCAUCGUCACAUGUAGCAGCAGUAGGUCUUUUCACAUUGCAGAACUUACGAAGCUUGGACUUUGUAUUUAUGUGUCUGGAUGAUGAAUUCUACACAGGAAUCUCUGCUGCAGCUUCACAGUCCAAGGUGACCUGA